GAACAAUAUUUAGUCUUCUUCUUUAUUAUUAUUAUUAGUUCUUUAGUUAUUUAUUUCAAUAGUCAAAUUGUCGGAAGAAAAUAAAGAAAGAUAUGGGCCCGGAGGAGUCUUUGUAAUUCCAAAGCUUAGACCCUUUAAUAAUACUAAACAUUGUUUUGAAUGUGGAGCCAUGUUUAAUUUAUUCAAGCAAAAAUACCAUUGUCGAAAUUGCGGUAAGAAAUGCCUUUCCUCCCUUUAAUUUGGAAAUGACAUGUGUGUUCACUUUUAUAUAUAGGUAUUUAUAUAUGUUCUAACUGUUCAGACCAUAGACAUCCAAUAAAAAAAUUUGGUUAUGAAAAUCCUGUGCGGUGUUGUAAUACUUGUGAAAAGUUAAUUCGGAUGCAAAGUAUGAACUCAAUUGAACUAGCAAAAUUAGCACCAAAAGAUUUAAAAGAAUAUAUCAAAGCCUAUCACCUUCCGUCUAAAGCAGCCAUUGAGAAAAAUGAUUUAGUUCGAAUUAUUUUUAAUACGAGACCUAUUUCAAAUGAAAGUGAAUGUUAUUUUAGACAGCAUCGUACUCGAUCAGCAACAACAACAACAACAAGUAGUAAUAAUGGCUUUUCAUUUACAAAUAUGAUUCAAGACUUGUUUACACCUUUAA